AUGGCCGCCUUUCUUCGACAAAAGCAGACAGGCAUGCAGAAUGACCUGUCUGCGUCAAUCAUUCCCGACCUCUUCGCUCCCGACUACCAGUCUGCAUAUGGAAUUAACUCUCAGGUUAGCUGCCUAGCCUACGACCCGAUCCAGUCCCUUCUCGCAAUCGCCACCAACGAGUCCAAGUUCGGCCCCGGCAAGAUCUUCGUCUUUGGCCAAAACAGAGUCUCCAAGGUCAUCGACCCGCCAAGGCGCACAUCCUUCCGCUCACUCCACUUCACCGCCAAUAAGCUUGUCUCCCUCGAUGCCAGGAACGAGCUGGGAAUAUGGGACCUUGAUACUGCGAAGCGCACAGCUGCUCUCGUUUGUCCUGGUCCGGUCAGCUCCAUCAUCACAGACCCAAUGCUUGAUUGGGCAUUCCUUGGCUUGGCCACCGGAGAAGUCUUGGCCUACGAUUUGGACAGGGAGAACAUUACGAGGUCAUUCCGACUACCGAACUUCUGGAAAGAGAGAGAUCCCAACGCCCGCAUCGUUGGCCUGGUGAGCAUUUCGCUGCACCCGAGAGACAUUGGGCAGAUGCUCAUCGCGUACACCACGGGCGUUGUUCUCUAUUCGUUUAAGCAAAACAAAGCUAUCAAGUUCUUCGAAUACGUACUGCAACCAGGCGCACCUGGCGGUGGGGGCGAGUCGCCAGACACGGUUCGCAGGCCGAGAGUCUCGCAUGCCCUGUGGCAUCCCACAGGAACCUUCAUCAUGACGGCGCACGACGAUGGUAGUUUGGUAUUCUGGGAUCCCAAGGAUGGCCGCAUCGUUAUGGCCAGGACCAUUACCGAGAUGAAUAUCGAUCAGCCGACACCGAAAGCUGGUCACAUCGGCUUCACAGAGCCAUAUGGACGGAUCGCCUGGUGCUGCAAAGAGAACCCGGAUGAUACUGGGCUCUUGAUUUCUGGUGGCUUAAGUCCGGAUGUCCCUCAGCAAGGGUUGACCUUCAUUGAGUUAGGUCAGACACCGAUAUAUGCGACGUCGUCUUGGCAAGUUCUCCAUGACCAUUUCCAUGGCAAACGCCAAAUCACCUUGCCGACUCCGCCGGGCGCUCAAGUUGCAGACUUCCUCCUCAUCCCUCGUUCUUCGCCCUAUUUUGCUGGCGCACAGGACCCAAUCGCGGUCAUGACUCUUCUGACUUCGGGCGAGCUGCUGACGAUGAGCUUCCCAUCGGGGUACCCUAUCAGCCCUACGAAUCAGCUGCAUCCGUCCAUCUCCUUUGUCCACCCAUAUGUCAACAAAUUCGCUGUACAGACACUGGAUAGAGGUCGCUGGUUGGGCAUGGUCGAGAACAGGAACCAAGGCGAACCCCUCUUGAAGGGUGGUGCCGAAUCUGCAAAGCCGAAGCGUAGGUACGAAGGCCGCACCAUCUUCCAGAUAGCACACGGGGACAGUACCGUGCGGCUUUGGGACGCUGGUCAUGCGGAUGAGAUGGAGAACCCGACUAUGCUACAGGUCGAUGUAGCACGGGCACUGGACCGCUACGAGGACAUCGAAAUAACGGCGAUGAACUUGGCCCCCAACACUGGCGAAUUCGCGGUGGGAACUCGUACGGGUGAACUGGUUCUUUACAGAUGGGCUGGCAACCGAUUCUUUGGAAAAGACCAUCACGAAGAUCUGCCAUCCAAUCCGGGCUCGCUGACGGACAUCAGUUCAAGAGCAGAACGUGGCCUGAAAGAGGGCCUGCAGCCGUGGCAAUUGUACGAAAUGAUGCAGGGUCCUAUCACGGCCGUCUGCGUCUCGGACGUGGGAUUCGUGGGCGUCGGCUCAGAGGGUGGCUUCUUUAGCGUCAUCGACUUGCGCGGUCCCUCUGUCAUCUUCCAAAUCUCCAUGACAGAGUUUGCCAAGCACGAAAAGAGGUCGUCUUUCUUGAAGGGGUCUCAUGGCAAUGCCCAUGGAAAAGAGUGGGCGGUAGCCAUUGAGUUCAGCGUCAUGACGCUGGAAGGCGACAACUACUCUAGCAUCUGCUGUUUCGUGGGAACCAAUCUUGGCAGAGUGGCCACUUUCAAGGUGCUGCCGUCUGGCAACAGCUAUUCCGUCAAUCUGGCCGGCGUCCAGCAAUUUGACGGCAAGAUCGUGGCACUUUGCCCCAUCCAAGCAGACACCGGAAGACCUGCUUUCGCGACAGGCCCGAUUGUUGCGGGACUCAGAAAUGGGCAGCAGGUCAAUGGCGUUCUCAUUGCCGUGACACAAACUGAAAUUCGAAUCUUCAAGCCUGCCGGUGGGAAGGGCGCAUCCAAAACUUUUGAUGACAUUCUUUGUGACGCUGCAAACGUCACCGAAUUCGAGCUUCAUGGCUUCGCCAUCGUCGGUGUAUUUGGUGAUCGAACGACUCGUGCAUACUCCAUCCCUGGCCUCAAGGAAAUCGGCAAUGCGCCGCUUCCCAUGCUCGACGGCAGUCGCACUCUCUCGUCUGUAGUAACGCAGACUGGCGACAUCUUUGGCUGGACCGGCCCCAGUGAGAUUGCCGUCCUGUCCGUUUGGGGCACUGCCAAAGAUCUUCAAGUCAGCGAUGACAUUCUCAUCAACCCCGAACUUGUCACGCCUCCCCGCCCCACCAUCUCGAAUAUGCAGUGGCUUUCCGGCACGCAGCAUGUUUCUCCGACUGACCUCGACCUUCUGAUCGACCCUAACCGCCCACCAAGCCGUCGUAUGAUGGCCGCGGCGGCGGCUGAAGCGAGAGCAGCCCGCUCUGCAGGUCAACCCGGCCCGAGUAAUGCGGGAAGAGCCAACGAAGGUUGGGGCGAUUAUCUGACGAGACAACUUAACGAGCGCACCGAGAAGCUGAACAUCAUGAGCGAUAGUAUGGAUAACCUGCAGAAUCAGAGCCAGGGUUGGGCAGACGACGUGGGCAAGUACAUGAAUAAGCAGAAGAGGAACAUCGUGCUUGGAGGCAUCAAGGGCAAGUUCUUUUAG